AUGGUGCCACAUGGCGGCCGCGUACCCGGGGAGCUGUGCUCCGACGAGCCCCCGGCCGCCCAGGUGGCCUGCGAGGUGGCCUGCCCCGGCGGCUGCGUGGUGGGCUCCUGGUCGCCGUGGUCCCUGUGCUCCCACUCCUGCUCGUCCAAAAGCGCCGAGGGCCGGCAGAGUCGCACGCGCACCAUCCUGGCGCCGCCCGGCGAAGGUGGGAAAGCGUGUCCGGCCGCCACCGCCUUGGAGGAGUGGAGGUCAUGCAAUGACCAUCCGUGCAUCGUGUUCUACUGGGAGGCCUCGCCCUGGGAGCCCUGUGUCGAGGACCCGUCAGCCGGCGCCAACGGAACCGGCCCCAGCCAGUGGAACGGCACCGCCUCGUGUGCCACAGCGGGGACCCAGAGCCGCACGGUCACCUGCAUGAAAAUGAACGCGGGCCCAGUGAUCCCUAAGAGGUGUCCAGACUCUGCCCGUCCCGACACUGUCCAGCCCUGUCUGCUCCCCUGUAAGACGGACUGCAGGGUGACUCCCUUCAGUGAAUGGACCGCCUGUCCUUCAACUUGUCUGCCAGUCAAUGCUAGCAUACCUACACAGUCACGAUACAGGACCACAAUCCAGAGGUCAGCCAAUGGUGGACAAGAGUGUCCUGACACUCUGUAUGAAGAGCGGGAAUGUGAGGCUCUGCCUGUUUGUCCAUCCUUCAGAUGGAGGACACAUAAGUGGCACCCUUGUACUCUGGUCCCAGAUGCUGUCAGACAGGGGAUAACAGGACCGGGAGAGGCAUGCGGGAGAGGGCUUGAAGUGCGAGGGGUGAGCUGUGUGGGCGAGGACGAGGAGCCGGCGGCCGUCGGCGAGUGCCUGCUCUGGGCCGGCGCCAUGCCCCAGCGCUUCAGGCCCUGCUGGGCGCCCUGCAAGGACGACUGCGCCUUCAGCGCCUGGUCCAAGUUCUCCGAGUGCGCCGGCUGCGGCGGACUGCGCAGCCGCAAGCGCUCCCUCGCCGGCCGGAGCAGGAAGAGGCCGCGGUGCCAGCGCGAGGACCUGUACCCGCUGGUGGAGAGCGAGGAGUGCCCCUGUGACGCCCUCCUGUCGCAGCCCUACGGCAACUGGUCGUCCUGCAUCCUGCCGGAGAUGGCGGCAGCCGGCUCGCGUCACGGCUGGCAGGCCCGGCGCGACGCCAAGGAGUGCGGCCAGGGCCUCCGCUUCCGCGCCGUGGCCUGCAUGGACCAGAGCGACCACCUGGUCAGCCCGGAUCUGUGCAGCGAGUCAGGCUUCGUGGAGGAGGUGUGCCACAUCCCGUGCCCGCUGGACUGCAAGCUCAGCGACUGGUCGCCCUGGUCGCCCUGCAGCACCUCCUGCGGCAGCGGGCUGAAGGUCAGGUCCAAGUGGCUGCGGGAGAAGCCCUUCAACGGCGGCCGGCCCUGCCCCAAGCUGGACCUGAAGAAUCAGGCUCAGGUGUAUGAGGCGGUGCCGUGUCACAGCGAGUGCAGUGACUACGUGUGGGUCACCGAGGCCUGGUCAGUGUGCACCAUCAACGCCGUGGACGAGCUGCCCGCCUGCGGAGAGGGGGUGCAGAGCCGCAAGAUCAGAUGUGUGGAGCGUGGGAGCGAGGGCCAUGGCACCAGCAUGAACGACACCCUGUGCGACGCCGAGGAGAUGCCCUUCCGAGCGCGGACCUGCUUCCUGCCCUGCUCGGGCGAAUGCGUCAUGUCACACUGGGGUCCGUGGACCGAGUGCCCCACGCCGUGUGACCAGGACACAGUGAGGAAGAGGACGAGGCACAUUCUUCGUCCCCCCGCGUCCGACCAGACAUGCCCGGAGGAUGAGCAGACCGAGCCAUGUGUCCUCAACGCCACAUGUUUCACCUACCAAUACAACGUCUCAAACUGGAGUACAUGUCAGCUGAGUGAGAAUGCCGUCUGUGGCCAAGGCACCAGGACCCGCUUCCUAGACUGCGUCCGCAGCGACGGGAAGGCGCUAGAGCUGAGUGUGUGUGAGGAGAGAGGCCUGGAGAAUGAGUGGGAGCUGAUUGCCAGCUGUGUCAUCGACUGCCCCAUCAGUUGCAUCCUGUCAGAGUGGUCAUCCUGGACGGAGUGCUCGCACACGUGUGGGAACCAAGGUCAGAUGGUGCGGAUGCGGAGCGUGCUCCAGCCUGCCCAUGAGGAGGGCCGGCCCUGCCCCUCCCAGCUGUCCCAGACCAAGCCCUGCCCCAUCAGGCCCUGCUACACCUGGCACCUGGGCGAGUGGUCUCCCUGCCGCGUGGAGGGCGCCGAGUGCGGAGAGGGGCUGCGGGUGAGGAACCUUUCCUGCAUGGUGCACUGGGGCGACUGGCUGGACGCCUCCUCGCCCAAGCCGGUGGAGGACGAGAGGUGCGGCGACCGGCUGAGCAAAGAGAGCGAGCAGGAGCUGCAGCUGCCCUGCUUCGUGCCCUGCCCAGGUGACUGUCACCUGACGGAGUGGUCCUCGUGGAGCUCGUGUCAGCUGACCUGCCUGGAGGGCCGGAGCUUCGAGACGGUCGGUCGGCAGGCGCGCUCCCGGGCCGUGGUCAUCCAGGUGCUGGAGAACCAGGAGAGCUGCCCGCACCAGGUGUUUGAGACGCGGCCCUGCAAAGGGGGAAAAUGCCACAGCUACGAGUGGAGGACCAGCGGAUGGCGAGACAAUGAGCGGUCGGUGUGGUGCCAGCGCUCCGACGGCGUCAAUGUCACAGGAGGGUGCUUCCCACAGAACCGGCCCACCACCGUGAGACACUGCCACCCCCCCUGCACCAAACCCUUCUCCCACUGCACACAGAGCGGCGUGUGCGGCUGCGAGAGGGGCUACACCGAGGUGAUGACCACGCACGGCUUCCUGGACUACUGCACCAAGACCCCGGGCGCCGACAACAAGAAGGCCGACGUCAAGACCAACUCGGGCCGACUGAAGCCCGGGCCCUCGCAGAUCCAAGACUUCUUCGGAGAGUGGUCCCUGCGGCCGGUGGGACCAGAUGGAAGAAUCAAGCUCUGGGUGUAUGGGGUGACUGCCGGCGGAUUUCUCCUCAUUUUGCUAAUCAUAUCAAUCUCCUUUUUGUUUUGCAGCCCCCCCAAACAGACUAAAAGCGCUUGCCCACCACAGAAGCCUCUCACGCUUGCCUAUGACGGCGAUGUGGACAUGUGACCAGCGUGCCACCCCGAGCCCGGUCAUCCCCGCCAGAAGACAUGGUUUCAAACAUCACCUCCUCACACAGCCCCGCUGAGUCGCUCGGAACAGCAGGGAAAGAAACGCUGAACAAGAUUCUGGGGAGGGGUGGAAAACACGUUCCCCUUCCCUCUCCCAUCAAAAGGAAUGUCAACGUCAAACAAACUUCUAUGUACUGAGGUUAGACGUCGGUGUCCAAGGACAACAAGCAAGACGUUUCGGAUCAAGGAACUACAUGUGUUGUCAUGACAUUCAAAAAGGGUAACCAAAACCCUGCAAAGUGGCAUUCCAUGCGCCAAUGGAAUAUGAUGACAUUUUCCUGAGGUGAUUUUUUUUUUCUUUGUUUCCCUAACCUUGACGGAAAAAUAACAGUGGUUGGGGAGCGAAAAAAAUGGAGGCAUUUUGGGAGGUCACUGAUGUGUCGUCAGUAUGUUGUGUGUCAUGGCCAGCUGCAAAUGACUCUUGGUCCGUCAGAAAAAAAAAGGCGCUAUGCACUAUAUUAGUGCUUAUCUGUUUGUUUUUUCUUUUUCUUUUAUUUUGUUUUUGAAAUAAAAAUAAAAAAAAAAGUUUUCUAGUGUUUUCAUUGUGCUGCAAGAAUUUUGCUGUAAAAGUUGUGUUUUCAUUGAUAAUGUCAUUGGGUGUACAUGUGCUUAUCAGAUAGGAAACCAAAAUGAAAUCAGCACGGACUAAAUGUGAAUGGAAUCGCGGCUCC